AAUUAAUAAAAAUGCUAUUCUCAGAAGAAAAUAAAGAGAGCAAUGACUCAUUAGACCUUACCCCGCUUGAAGAUUUGCUGAAUUAUCAGCAUGAAAAUGAGACAAUUAAGGAAGAAGCUCCACAAAUUUUGCAACAGAUUAAGGACACAUGGCCAGACCUGCAUGGUGAGGAUACGAUAAAGCCUGAAUACCAACUUCCUCAUAAAAUACAGGAAAGGAGAGAGCGAGGCAGGAUCAGGUCCAAAAUCAGUAGAGAUCGUAAGUAAAGAGUAUGUUGGAGUUCUUGAAUCAAAGAUCAAAGCACUUGAGGAAGAAAAUUCUAGACUUCAGAACAUUGUUAUAAAUCUCAAUACUGAGAAAUAUUCUAAAGUUGAUCCUAAUUCAAAGGCUUUCUUGCAGGAUAUUCAGGAGCUGAAGAACAAGACUGUUGAGAGGUUUUUCAAUGUAGACACAAUGGAGCACAAAUCUAAUCCUUCUAUUACUCUAGGGAAAUAACUAUUGGAUGAGUUCAUCAGAAGCUAUGAACAAACACAGGCAAUUCCUAGAUUCUGUGUUCGAAAUGAUCAUUAAUCACCCAUACUCUGUGACAAGGUAUAGAUACUGGAAAGACCUUAACUCUGAGUAUCAGACAGAUUUUGAGUGCAUAAAGAAGCUCAAGAAGUUGAGUAAGUAUCAAAUUCCAGAGUUUAUGAAGGAGAACAAUCUCAGUCCUCUUGAUGAAUAUGUUGCAUCAUUUAACCCCUCCAAGCGACAAUUUGACUUCCUCAAAGAUGUUGCUUUGAAGAAGGAACUAGCUAUAAAGAACCAAUUUCGCACAGCUAUAGAGCUUCUUUUGGAGGCAAAGUCAAUUAUACAGAAGGCUAAUCUUGAAAUAUACACUUUUAUUGGCUUCUUCUUGAAAUCUGGUAUUUUCAGUGAUGAACAACUACUCAAGUCCAAGAUCAAAGAUGGAUUCUUUAGAAAGGAGCUAGCUUUCAAAAACAUCUGGAACAUCCAGGUUUCUCACCAGCGAUACUGAGUUGACAUGGGAGAGGAUGAAAUUUACGGAAAAGUUGCUAAGAAAUAUCUCAAAAAACCUGAAAGGAUCAUCUAUUUUGAGUACAAUGACUACUCUCUCCCUGUUUAACCAAAUAUCCUAAAAUUCUUUCAGU